UAAUAUAAUUCUUUCAAAGUUGGUUGAAUAAUAAACUGAAUAUGCACCUAUACUUUAGUUACACCCGCUGAAUUAUCGAAAAUUAUUCAUGAACAGAUUAAAUGGUUUUCUAAGCAACUAUAAAAACGUUUGCUUGCUAGUUGUAGCUUUCAUUUUUCAACCAAAACUGGAUUUUUAUUAUUGAGGAUUACAACCAACCGACCAAUACAAAUACCAAAAUGCUUGAUGUUUCAACUGUUCUUGUUACUGGUUCAAAUCGAGGAAUCGGCCUUGAAUUUGUUCGUCAACUUGCUUCACUGGAACCUAAAAUCUCUCAUGUUAUUGCCACUUGUCGAGAUCCAGAUGCUGCUGAGGAAUUGAAAUCAAUUGCCAAAACCAACAAUAAUGUUCAUAUAUUGAAAUUGGAUGUAAUUGAUUACAAAUCUUAUGACAACCUCUAUGCUGAGGUUAAGAAAAUUGUUGGUGAAUCGGGUUUGGACAUAUUGAUAAACAAUGCUGGAAUAUUGAUUCCUAAACCUCACGAUGCAGUGACACCUGAAGAGUUGCUGAAAAGUUUCGAAGUCAAUGCUGUUGGACCUUACGUAUUAGCCAGAAAAUUAACUCCUCUCAUCAAAAUUUCUCAAAGAAAGUUAAUUGUUGCAAUCUCAGACGAAGCUGCAGUUAUUGAUGGUUAUAGUUCAUUGGCGCAAGGUUUUCCUGCUUACAGGGCCAGCAAGGCUGCUCUUAAUAUGCUUACUCGAACCUACGGUGAUCACGUCAAGAAGGAUGGUAUCAUAAGUGUAAUGUUGUUUCCUGGUUGGUGCAAGACGGAUUUUGGUGGACCCAAGGCAAGACUCUUCACAGAUUACAGUGUUUCCAGUAUGAUAAAAACAAUCUCGACUCUUAAUGCUGAAAAAAAUGGUUGCUUCAUUGAUUAUUCUGGCAGGCCUGUGCCUUUUUACAUAACAUUAUUCUAAAUCACUUUAGAUAUAAUCUAAUUUUUGAACUGAUAAAUGUGAUAUUGUGAUGAUAUUAGAGUAAACUAUUAAAACGUUUGCUUUCUC